AUGGUGAACGCAGUAACUGCUAUUAUGGAGUACGCUAUGCCGCUAGUGGACGACCUUCUCACUGAUAUGGAAGGUUACCUUUGGUUUUGUUUGCUCGAUGCAGCUAGCGGAUUUCGGGCCAUCAUGAUGAGCUCCAGGGCUCGCAAUGUAUCAGCCUUCGUGUGUGCAUUGGGGCAUUUCGAGUGGCUACGCAUGCCAUUCAGCCUCAAAAACGCACCAAUGAUUUACCAACGGAUGAUUGAUAACGCGCUUCGACGGUCUUUUGUAGACGACAUAUGCUUCGGGAGCGAGACGUUCGAAGGGUGUUUGGACACAUUACCCGUAUUCGGUCGACGGUCUUUUGUAGACGACAUAUGCUUCGGGAGGGAGACGUUCGAAGGGUGUCUGUCAAUCCUCGAUCGGCUUCUACAACGGUUUACGGAAUGUCGCAUUAGCGUGAGCUUCAAAAAAAGCAUAUUCGUGCAUCCUCGGGUAGAUUUUUUAUCUCAUACAGUGUCACCGGACGGCAUACAGGCCGACGUGAAGAAGAUGAAUUCGGUCGCGGAGCUGCCAUUCCCGAAAACCAAGAAAUGUAUACAAUCCUUCCUGGGAGCCUUGAAUUACUACAGUCGGUUUGUUCAGGAUUUCACAGUGUAUGCGGCCGCGCUGUACCAAGUGAAGGACGAAGACUUCGGUGGAGGCGAGAACUUAAACGCAGCGAAACGAAGUUUCACAAUUCUACAACAGAAGGUUGUCGAAGCACCGAUUCUGCGCCAUUUCGACCGAGCCAAACCAGUGUAUGUAACGCUGUUCGCAAAUGAGUGGGCGUUGAGUUCGACGUUAUUGCAAAAGCAUGACGAGAAAUUACACCCAGUUCGGUUCUGCGGCAGGGUGCUGAAGGACGCGGAAAUGAACUAUCAUCCAGCGGAGAAAGAGGUGUUAGCCCUGUUGCUGUUGCUGAAGGCAUGCUAUACGCAACUGGUAGGUCGGACCAUACAUGUUUAUACACGGUUCUCGACGCUCGACUGGGUGAUCCAGCUUAGCUGGAGACGGCAGCUCUAUAGUGACAAGGCAAAGAUCGUAAACGUCGAUCCAUACCUUCGGAUCCAAGCAGGAGAGUUGGUGGAACUGCCAUUGCGCCUGAGGUCGUCGAUCCACGACAAGCUGGGGGUCACGCGGAGGACGAAGUAUAUAUCGAUCACCAACAUCGGGGACGAGGUAUUGAUCCUGCAUCAAGACCAACGGAUCGGGAUCUGGCUGGCCGGAGACCACGUACCACGAAUACCAGGCUUCAUCUCGAUCGGGUCUCGUCGUUACAUGGAGUGGAAAAAUCUAGCCUUAGAAGCCACGACUGACGCUCGAUCCGGAGAUAUGGAGAUCAAGAUCCCGGUCGCACCCGCGGUGGAGCGAUCCGAGGACGAAACUCCGCGCGUAAUACUCCAGAGACCGAAGACGACGUCGAUCCAGUGUCGGAAGGUCGAGGCGGGCCAAGAUCAAGAUAUUUCUGACUGUCUACCUUCGGACAAAUCGCCGUCGGAAACUCGACCGCUGGAUUUAGCGUCUGUCGCAAAUGAGGAGUCAGAUCUGUCGUCUAUCGCAGAUGAAGACUCUAUAUCACAUGUCGUAACGGUCAAGGAGGCGCUAGAAAAUCUCGAUCAAGUAACGCCAGGCGUGUGGAUCAACCAGGCACGUCGGAUCUGGACCUCAGCUGGGACUCAGAUUAAUAUUACGAUGAAUGUGUGUACUACAAUGAAGGACGCGAUCUAUGUCGACGGUCAGAUGGCGGUACUGCCAGAAGUGCCUGUGACGACGGAAGAUGUGAAGAUCGAGGACAUUCAGCUAUAUGCAUCUGAUAGCCAGACCCCAGGAGAAAUUGAUCGGCUUCGCCAAAGGAUCUGGAAGUUCCGACACCUCUUGAUCGGCAAAGGAAAUGCCCUUCCGCCGGCGGCCAGAGGUGUUGUAUGCGACAUCGAUGUCGGAGGUGCGAGGCCAAUCGCCCUGAAGUGUCGUAAGCUGCGGAUCCCAAUCACCGUGGGCUCCCCGAUCGUGGUGAUCAUCAAGAAGAACGGAGUGGAUAUCAAGUUGUGCAUCGAUUACCGGUUGGUUAAUAGUCUAACUCAACUGAUGAUCUACCCAAUGCCCUUGAUCAACGACCUACUCGAAGAUCUGGAGUCAACACUCUGA